GCAAAAUGGAGGCCCUGGCCGAUGCCACCGCGGGCGCGAUCGGCGGCCUCUUCACCACGACGAUCCUCUAUCCCCUUGAUACGUGCAAAUCCAAGUAUCAAGCGGAGCUCAAGGCGGGGAAUUCAUACAAAUAUCGGUCGCUCCUGGAUGUUCUUCGCGAAGCCAUUGCAUCCAAACGGGUGCUGGCGCUGUAUCAGGGCCUGGGCGCCAAGAACUUGCAAUCGCUCCUCUCGCAGUUCAUCUAUUUCUACAGCUAUAGCUACUUGAAGCGGCUCUAUCUCCAGCGGAGCAAGAACAAGAGCAUGGGAUUGGGGGCAAAUCUUGUUGUCGCUGCUGCUGCCGGCGCUUGCAAUUCGAUCGUCACGCAACCUCUUGACACUGCUUCUUCACGAAUGCAAACCAGCGGCUUCGGAAAGUCCAAGGGACUCUGGGCUACUUUGUCCGCGAACUGGAACGAAUCGUUCGAUGGAUUGGGAGCUUCUCUUUUCCUUACAUGUAAUCCAGCAAUCCAGUACACAGUCUUUGAGCAACUCAAAACGCGAUUGCUACAGCAAAGAGUGAGAAAAGCUGGAUCAUCGCCGCUGGUUCUAUCAGCAUUCCACGCGUUUCUUCUGGGAGCGAUCUCUAAGACGGUGGCAACUCUCAUCACGUAUCCAGCAAUCAGGUGCAAAGUUAUGAUCCAGUCGGGUGACAAGAAAGACGACGAAGAGUACUCGAGGCCAAAGAGAAUGGUGGACGCGUUUACUCUCAUCCAGAAACAAGAAGGAAUUCUCGGAUUUUACAAGGGAAUCCAAGCACAGGUUCUUAAGACAAUUCUAAGUGCCGCCUUUCUCAUGAUGAUCAAAGAGAAGGUCUCGCGCGCUACAUGGGUAUUUAUGCUUGCUUUUCAACGAUGGAACUCUUCUAGGCGAAGAUCUUUUCUUUUGCAAGGCAGCAAAGCAUAAAAGUAAAAAAGAUUAAAGUUAUUUGUUAUUAGUGAAUAAAUAACUUUCCUAGUAAAUAAAUAAAAUUAAUUAGAAAUAA